AUGAAUUCUUACUUAGAUUAUAAAGUUUGUAAUCGGGGGACGAAUAUGUUCAAUGCAAAGGUCGGAUUCCAAAAUUUAAACCAUGGAUACUUGGCCUCCUUGUCUUCCGAAUCAUGCGAAUCAAGUGAUAGUUACCGGUCGGAUGCGCGGUUAGUUGGCUGUUCUUCAGUUCGUCGGCAUCAGAUUUCGAGCCAACCUAUGCACCAACCUCAGCUACAUCACAUAGAUCUUCAGUUUGCCACAACGGGAAACUCCGUGUUUGGCUCUCAAACAGGGUCAGACUUGGACUACGGACAUAAUCAAUACGUUCUCAAUCAUGAACGAGGUUUCAUUCAGUCGCCUGGGAUUCCUAUUUUAGCCAGUGGAAUGAACAUGUCCGGUUCCCCCCUGGUCGAGGGAGACGGUGGGCCAAGAUCAGCAACAAGCAGCCAGUAUCUGCACAACAGAGGGGGACAGGGGACAGAUAGUAUUUAUUCGAGAUUAGUUCCUCCACCAUGUGCUAAAGAAGGGGAUGUUUGCAAUGCAGAUCAAACUUCAAAAACGUUCGACUGGAUGAAAGUGAAAAGGAAUCCCCCUAAAACAGUUUCAGAGUAUGGAGUUACCCGCCAGGAGAACGUAAUCCGUACCAAUUUCACCACAAAGCAACUGACAGAGCUGGAGAAGGAGUUUCAUUUCAACAAGUACCUGACCAGGUCCCGGCGAUUGGAAGUUGCCGCUACUCUUGAGCUCAACGAAACUCAAGUUAAGAUUUGGUUCCAAAACCGUAGGAUGAAGCAAAAAAAGCGCGAGAAAGCAGCCGUUGUCUUCAUAAACACAUUAGCACCGGCAAAAGAUAUAGAAGAGAUCACUUCGUCUUCUCCUGAUAUGUCCCCUAGCCUCCAGGUCACAUAAC